CUCACGAAAACUCCACUUUCCAGAAUGCUUCUGCCAGGUCCUACUGUCUGUCUCUUUCCAGGCAUUUAAUAUCUCCAAGAUUCAGGUUUGCUUUUACAUCUCUUCCUUGUGCAUCCCUGACAACAGAGCCUAUUACCAGCUGUCUUAAUUGAAGAACAGUAACCCACCUCUUCCUGUGACUGCCAUGAGGAAUACACACAUCCUCCUUCUCUUUGUAGUGGGCUCCUUUUAUUUGAACGGAAGCACUGCAGCAGAUGCUGAAGAGAAGCUAAUGAACCACCUCCUGAGUCCUGACAGGUACAAUAAGUUAAUUCGGCCGGCUGUCAACUCAUCCCAGCUGGUAUCUAUAGAGCUGCAGGUGUCCCUGGCACAGCUCAUCAGUGUGAACGAGAGAGAGCAGAUUAUGACUACAAAUGUCUGGCUGAACCAGGAGUGGAUUGAUUAUCGCUUGGCUUGGAAGCCCUCUGACUAUGAAGGAAUAAAUAAACUGAGAAUACCUGCAAAGCACAUCUGGUUGCCAGACAUCGUGCUUUACAAUAAUGCGGAUGGCACAUACGAAGUGUCGCUCUACACGAACGCAAUCGUGAAGAACAACGGCAGCAUUCGCUGGCUGCCCCCUGCCAUUUACAAGAGUGCCUGCAAGAUUGAAGUGAAGCAUUUCCCAUUUGAUCAACAAAACUGCACCUUAAAGUUCCGGUCUUGGACAUAUGAUCACACAGAAAUUGACAUGGUGCUUAAAACUUCCAUGGCAAGCAUGGAUGACUUUACACCAAGUGGUGAGUGGGACAUUGUAGCACUCCCAGGAAGAAGGACUGUAAACCCUUUGGACCCAAAUUAUGUUGAUGUGACAUAUGACUUCAUCAUCAAAAGGAAACCUCUUUUUUAUACCAUCAAUCUUAUCAUUCCCUGUGUGCUAAUUACAUCCUUAGCCAUCCUGGUGUUCUACUUGCCUUCAGACUGUGGAGAAAAAAUGACCUUAUGCAUAUCUGUGUUGCUUGCCUUGACUGUGUUCUUGCUGCUGAUUUCCAAAAUUGUCCCUCCAACAUCUCUAGACGUGCCACUGAUUGGGAAGUAUCUCAUGUUUACAAUGGUACUAGUGACCUUCUCAAUAGUUACCAGUGUCUGUGUACUCAAUGUUCACCACAGAUCUCCAAGCACCCACACUAUGCCUCCCUGGGUAAAGCUGGUUUUCCUUGAAAGACUCCCAGCCUACCUCUUUAUGAAGCGCCCAGAAAACAAUUCUCCACGGCAAAAGCCAUGCAACUGCAAAAAGAUUAAAGCAGAGCACCCUUGUAUGGAUCCAGCUGACUUCUACAAGAACUCCACCUAUUUUUUGAAUACAACCUCUGCCAAAAAAUACGAUAUGAAAAUCACCGACACUCUUGAUGCCAGCAGCCAUCGAGAUUGGAGGUUACGAACAGGCACGAAAUUUUCUCCUGAAGUUCAAGAAGCAAUUGAUGGAGUCAGUUUUAUAGCAGAGCACAUGAAAAGUGAUGACAAUGACCAGAGUGUCAUUGAAGAUUGGAAGUAUGUUGCCAUGGUAGUGGACAGGCUGUUUCUCUGGAUAUUCGUCCUUGUUUGUGUCUUGGGGACUGUUGGAUUAUUUCUGCAGCCACUUUUUCAAAAUCACACUGCUGCCACGAACCCCUAACUGUCCUUUAAAACUGUCAAUACUUACACAGACGUUGAGUCUCGUUCUGCUCUCAGUUCCUCUCUCUUCAAUCCACAGACUGGAGUCCGACUGAGUUAUGUCACAUCGCAUUUAGAGUAGGAAAAUGAGAAGUAGAAUUUGACUUACUGUUCUAGAGGAGAAAAACAAAAACAAAACAAAUGAAGUUUUCUCAAUGAGCUUGGUACUUCAGGUGAUAUUCUGGCCCCUUUUUCAAUUAUUUGAAGCCUGAAGACUACAGAGACAGGUAUUUACUGCACAAUAUGCCAUCCUGGCUCACUAGGCUUAUUUUUAAAGCAUUUUACAUACAUUGUCCAAUGAAAGACAUUUUCUGUCCUUAGAAUAUUGACAUUUCCUAUUACAAAGAAGGAAUUGCUAUGAUGUUCAUUUCCUUCAAAUGCAUCAAACCUAUUUGUGUCUGAUUUACAAAGAGCUUUACAGGUGGACUCAACUGUUUAGCUGUUCGAAUAUGACAUUUAAAACUGAACUGAGAAAUGGAGACCUACUUCUAAGGUAACCACAAACAGGUUUCUCACCUUGCCAUCUCUGAUAGCUGAUUGAUCAACAAAGGCCAAGUUAAUAUAUGAGAAACAAACAUGUAUAUACUCUGUUCAGUGAUGAAAUAUAAAUAAAAUGUAACAUUUUCCUUUA